AAAUGAAAUACCAAAUUUAAUUUGACCUGUACAAAAGGAUAAAGGUUCCAGCUUCCUUGUGAGUGAGUGAGGAGUGAGUGUGUGUCCGUAUGUGUGUGCCACAAUGGAAAAUCAAUUAACAAUACAAAUGUGAAAGGUGAAAGGACGACACGUUUGGUCGCAAAAAAAUAGAUAAUGGAGCAAACAUGUUGAGAAAUCCAUUCGCUCAUAAAGAACAUAAAAAUCAAUUAACUUUUUGAUUUUGUUCUUUAGGGAGACAGAAGGCGAAGUAGAAGAAGUGAAAACAAACAUUUGAUGGCCGGUCAACUAACCAAAAUCCACAACUGACAACGUCGUUGUGUAGUCGUCCUUUAUAAACUAAUCGCUGGCUAACAGAUCCAACCAACUACGUCCAUUCCAAGAUUACAGAGAUAGUAGAGAGCGAAAAGAAAAACAAAAUAAAAGUCGACGUCACCCAGCCACAUAUUUGAAAAGUUCAAAAAGACAACCACAAGGCAAAGCAUAGACCAGGAAAUAAUUCAAGUUUGAACUGCAAAAAAGGUCGAACGUACAGCCAGACAAACACCACACAUUGAAGCCAAAAGCAACAGGGCAGGGGCUGAAAUCAAUCAUUUUGGACAGCUCUUCUUCAGUAGAGGAGAGAUAGACAGUAAAAUAAGGAUUAGCUGAGUAACAAAAAUGAAUAGCAGCAAUAGUGAUAGUACAACCACCACUACAACAACAUCAGGAGCAACAGCAACAGCACCAGCAUUGAAUGAAUUGAAAGCCAGCCAAAAUCAUACAGCAUUUUCCACCACACAACCUCAACAACAGCACCACCAUCAGUAUCACCACCACCAUCAGCAGCAGCAGCAGCGCAACUAUUAUGCACCCACACCACCCAGUGACCUCUUGUAUCAUCAUCAUGCCGGGUCUGGGUCGUCCUCUUCUCUUUCGAUAUCGGCAGCAGGCGGCAUUGCAACGACAGCAACAACGAAUCCGACGACGACCAGCAACAUCAUAGGCAGUGGCAGUGGCAACAACAGUUUUGGCUCAAUUAACAAAAUGACAGCAACAGUUGAUGGUGGUAAUGGUGGCAGUGUCAACAACACUACAAUCGUACCAAGUACCAACACGACAAAUGCCGCCAUGACUACAACAACAACAACAACCAAUAAUGCCAACAGUAGUGGCACCUCCAACAGCACAACCACUAAUAGCAGCAUACUCGAUUAUGAUAACAGGCAAUCGAUAAAUAAUGGUAGUGGUGGCGGUGGCAUGGCCACAGUGGGUGGCAAUCCAACUGUUGGCGGCAGUGUCUUCUCUAAGCCGCAAGAACGUUAUGUCUGGGAAAUGCGUGCGCGCAGUCCAAAUGUAACACCAGCCAGUACCGUACUUAAUUCACCAGAUCUCAAUACCGAUAUGCAGUACAGCAUACAUCCUCAUCAGAGACAGUUGCAACAAAUACGUGUUGGCCGCAGUCCGGGUAGUCAAUUCGAACAGCAUAAUAUACUGCCACAGGGUCUUGCCUCUCCUGGCUCUCCGACAGAUGUGGGCAAAGCCGAUGGACACUGUUUGCGUGAUGGUGAAAUUGUCGUCUUCGAUGACAUCGAUACAAAUUGGAUGAAUAAAUCGAAUAAUUCAUAUUCGUCCAAUCAUUCCUCAGGUCAGCAUCAUCGUGGUGAUUCAUUUCACGGCAAUGAAGAUAUACUAAAAGUGACAAAAAUGAUAGGUCAAUUGCCGAUAGCUGAGUAUGAGGGAUCACCACGGCGUUUUGGCAAUCAACAACAGGGCACCCAAAAAUCCGGUAGUGGUGGUGGAACUACAACAACCGGUGGAAGUAUUUUACCAAAAAGGCCACCCGGUUUUCCGCAACGUGUCUCGCCCAUGGCUGUGUUAACACCCCAACAGCAGCAGCAACAACAUCAGGAAGCUGCCCAUGCACGGCAUCAACAAAUGCAACAACAGCAUCAAUUUUAUGCCCAGGCCACCAGUAGCGGCAGUUGCAGUAAUGCUUCAUUUUUUAACAACGAUACCGCAAGCAACAACAAAUCAUCGCCAAUUGGCAAUCUAAUCGAUAUAGAUGGUGAUGGUGAUAUCUUAAAUUCGUCCACAAAUCAAUCGCAAAGUUCCAGUCAUGAAUCAACGAAAUCGAAAGUGAAAACGCCAACAUUCGAUUAUCUCUAUGAAUUCUCAGAGACACGUAAAGUUUUGGAGGAUUUCUUCAAGGGCAACAACGAUGAUGAGAAACGUUUUACGGAUUUCACAGAGAGUGGCGAUGACAUGGGUAGUUGUGACACCCAUCAUGAGUACACCAGCCAAUUUGGCCAGACACCUGACGAGGACUUACAUAUCGAACAAUCGUAUAUUGGACAACGUUUAGCUAGAAUACCCAAAGAAGAAUUAUACCUGGUACAUCGGUCACCCAAGAAACAGAAACAAAUGGCAACGACGCAGCAGCAGCAGCAACCACAACAUCAACAUUCUCAUCCUCAUCAGCAGCAGCAACAUUCCACUUCUUCUUCUUCGCAGCAGCUGCCGCAGCACCAGCACAAUCAACACCACCAGCCAUGUGACAAUAUUCUCUACAAUGACAACAACGACAUUGAAUUGUAUAUCGAUUCGAAUAGUCGAAGCAGUGGUGAUUUGGCUGACACAGAAUUGGAAGCAAAUUUACGACAUCAUUCGCGUAAUUUCACACUGUCUCCGGAGACAACGGAUUACGACUCGAAUUGUGGCGAUUUGGAUAGUCUGUCGAAUGAUAUCAAUUGUACCACAGAUUAUGGCAAACUUUACACUAGCAUGCCAGUGCUAGAGGACGGUCUUUCGAGUGGUCACGCAUCCGAUACAGAAAAUAAUUGUCAAAAAUACGAUUCGAACGGUGGUGGUAGUGGCAGUGGCAGCGGUGAGGGUGGUGGUGGCGAGGGUUGUGGCAGCAGCAGUAAUAACGGCAGUGGCAGUGGUCAUCACGACGAGAGCAUGGAUUUCAAUGAAAAACUACAGCAACAGGAAAUGUUGGAGCAAAAUAAAUACAAUAAUAGUUUAAAGCAAGAGUGCAUGGAUAAUAAUUGUAGUGCUAAUAAUUUAAUUACCAAUCUGGUGGAUGUUGGUGAUGAUGAUGACGGCGAGCAUGAGGGCAUGAUGAUGAGUGGACGUCUCAGUGGCAAUGGGUUGGGUGGUGGUAGUGGCGUUGGUGUUGGUGUUAUUGGUGGUUUAAGUGGUCUCUGUCUUACUGGCGAUGGUGACUAUAAACAACAACAACAGCAUCAACCACAUUGUUUGGACUUAAUAAAUACCUCAGAUAAUAAUUGCUGUAACAAUGAUAGGUCUCUGUAUGAGCCAAUUUACGCCACAGUCAAUAAACAACAUCAUCAUCAACAGCAGCAGCAACAACAACAACAACAGCAGCAUCAACAAUCUCCUCCACCACCACCUGCACCACAACCACACCGUCCACAGCUACAGCAACAAUUGCAGCAGCCACAAUCACAACAAUCACGCCAUCUAAAACACCCCGGUCGUGCGGAAUCAGUUGAAAUCCAAGAAGCUAUGAAAGAAAUACGCUCCGCUCUACAACGAGCUAAAACUCAACCAGAAAAAUUGAAAUUUUGUGAUGAAGUUCUACCACCCGAUCCAGAGUCGCCCAUAUGGGUACCACGUAAAAACAAUGAAGAUUGUAAUGUCAUUAAUUCGGAGGGUGGCGAAAUUAUUGGCUCAACACUGCUGGUGGAUUCCAACAAAGUUCAAUGUGAUGAAGAGGAACCCGAUACUGACCUGGAAACGGAUCGUUUGUUGGGACAACAGCGCAACGAUGAACAGGAUUUCUUUGAUGAUAAGACAAUAUGGCCCAAAACCUCGCGCAUUGGUUCUACCAUCAAUUCCAGUGAUCAUUCACCAACCACUUCGGAUAUUGCAAAAACAUUGCAUGUUAAACCACAAUUCUCCUCGGCCACCAUACGUCAGGGCAUUGGUACAUCUUUGACACCCAAUUCGCCGGAGCAUUGUCAAAUGGUGGGCGGUACCGAGAUACCGAUGACAACACCCGAGAAAAUAACCUAUACCAAAAGUCCAACGGGAUCCAUUAAAUCCCUUAAGGAUUCAGCUAACAGUGAUAAAAAAGCAAAAUCUCGCAACAAAGAGGGCUGUUUCUUGGAUCCGGCAGUAUUAAUCGAAGGUGUUCUAUUUCGUGCCCGUUACCUUGGCUCCACACAAUUGGUGUGUGAGGGACAACCCACAAAGUCCACACGAAUGAUGCAGGCCGAAGAGGCAGUGUCACGCAUUAAGGCUCCCGAGGGUGAAAAUCAACCCUCCACCGAGGUGGAUCUGUUCAUAUCAACCGAAAAGAUUAUGGUUUUAAAUACCGAUCUAAAAGAGAUCAUGAUGGAUCAUGCUUUGCGUACCAUUUCCUACAUUGCCGACAUUGGUGAUUUAGUUGUAUUAAUGGCACGCAGAAGAUUUGUCCAUUCGGAUCCUUGUAAUUCCACUGGUGGUACAGGUGGAGGCAACGGCGACACAUGCGAUAUGUCAGCUGCCAAUGGCAGCACCGCCACCAAUGGCAAAGACAAGGAUGCCAAAGACAACACUACCUCUACAACGACCUCAUCAUCAUCAGCAUCGAAUAACAAACAUAAUCGUACACCCAAAAUGAUAUGCCACGUCUUUGAGAGCGACGAGGCCCAAUUUAUAGCCCAGUCAAUAGGACAAGCCUUUCAGGUGGCCUACAUGGAAUUCCUCAAGGCCAAUGGCAUUGAAAAUGAAAAUCUAGCCAAAGAAAUGGACUAUCAAGAGGUAUUGAAUAGUCAGGAGAUUUUCGGUGAUGAAUUGGAAAUAUUCGCCAAAAAAGAACUCCAGAAAGAGGUGGUUGUGCCCAAGGCUAAAGGUGAAAUUUUGGGUGUAGUCAUUGUGGAAUCCGGUUGGGGCUCUAUGCUGCCCACGGUGGUCAUUGCAAAUCUAAUGUCUGGCGGAGCGGCGGCACGUUGUGGCCAGUUAAAUAUCGGUGAUCAGCUGAUAGCCAUCAAUGGUCUUAGCUUGGUGGGUCUUCCGCUGUCCACGUGUCAGAACUAUAUACGUAAUGCCAAGAAUCAAACAGCUGUUAAGUUUACUGUUGUACCAUGUCCUCCCGUGGUGGAGGUGAAAAUAUUGCGUCCUAAAGCAUUAUUCCAAUUGGGUUUUAGUGUUCAAAAUGGUGUGAUUUGUAGCCUUUUACGUGGUGGCAUAGCGGAGAGAGGUGGAGUACGCGUUGGCCAUCGUAUUAUUGAAAUAAACAAUCAAAGUGUUGUGGCAGUGCCUCAUGACACUAUAGUUAAGCUCUUGUCAUCGUCCGUGGGAGAGAUUUUAAUGAAAACAAUGCCCACUUCCAUGUUUCGUUUAUUAACGGGUCAAGAGACGCCCAUUUAUAUUUAAAUAUCUUAAUAUAUUUAUAUAUACACUCACACAUACAAAAGUAAUAAUGAUAAAAUAAAUUAUUCAAAUUAAGCUUUAAGGAUCUUACGAAAUCAUAUAAUAUUAUUAUUAUUAAUAGUACUAAAGAAAUCUUAAUUUUGUAUAAUUUUCACAAAAUGAAAAGAUGAAGAAGAAAAACCAACUACUCAAACGUAGAAAGACACGAAGAAAAAACAAAAACAAAACUAAUAAUAGCAUAUUAUAAUAGGCAGCAGUUAGGCAAAAACAAAACAAACUAUUUAUUAGAAAUAAAAAAAAAAAAAACCUAAAAAAUUAAACAAAGCUUUGCAGUUGAAAAAGAGGCUUUCAAGAGAUGAAAAAAAUAUAUUUGGCUCAAAAAAGCUAAGAAGAAAAACAGCUUAUAAAAAACUCCCCGUUAUAGAAUUUAUUUAAUUUCACUUGAGAUUAUUAAAAUGAAAACUACUUCGGAAAACAAAUUCAUUUAAAAUGAAUUUGUUUGAAAAUAAUGGCGAUAAUGAUGAUGACGAAGAGAAGAUGGAUUUAGUUUUAUAUUUCGAACAAAAAGUAUUAUUGAAAAUUGCUCUCGUUUUUCUAUUUCUCUUUUUUUAACAAAAAGAUGAAAGACUGAUAAAAUUUUCCUUUUGUUGUGUUUAAAUGGCUGCCAGCGUUUAGAGGCCAUUGUAAGCCACAACAAAUAGACAACAAAACGAAGAAGAACAAAUCAAUCAUAAUUUCUUAAUAACAACAACAACAACAAAAUACAAUAUAAGCGCAUAUUAAUUUUAAGAUUAUUAUUAUAAUAAUAAUUAUUACAAAACGAUCCGUGAAAAAAAAUAACAGAAAAAUAUAAUACUCACCAUGAUGGCCCCAGUCUUGAAAACUAUUUUGAAAACUGCUGCUAAUUGCAUUUAGCUAACAACAACAACAACAAAAUGCCCCCUAGACCAUAAAAAAUUACAAAAAAACAAA